AUGGCUAUAUCUGUGCGUAACAAGGUAGGUCCGUACCGCUGCGGCGACUGCCCCGCCGCCUUCGCGCACCACGGCGCCUACUACACGCACGUGAAGAGGUUACACGGGAAGGUUGUUGAUAGAUACGGGACGGUGACACGCGCUGAGAAGGUGUGCUGCGAGGCGUGUGGCAAGGAGUUCAGCGCUAAGUGCAAGCUCAAGAUACACUACGACUAUUUCCACCUCAAGAAGACCAAGUUCCAGUGCGAGACUUGCGACAAGUACUGCCGCACGGCCGUGGACCUGAAGAAGCACCGCAACCUGCACGCCGACGCCGCGCCGCUGCCCUGCGACACCUGUGGGAAGACAUUCAAGACGCGCGGCGCCCACACCCGCCACAUGAAGAAACACGGCCUAACCGCCGGCGACGGGCCGUUCAAAUGUCGCUCCUGUGACGCAGAGUACAGCGUCCGAACUAACUUGUACCAGCACUACAAGGUCAAGCACCUCAAGCUGAAACGCAACGAUCGGAUUACGAUCAAAAAUCUGUUUAAUCCGGAUAAGGAAAUAGUGGUUUUGCCGUCGAAGAAGAUGUUUGAGAACUCUUAGGAAGGUGUAAUGUUUGUAUUUGUGCAAUACAGUAUUAAGUAAAUAAGUUAUGUAAAUAGAGUUAGUUAACUAGAAAAUAGAUGUAGAGAAAUAAAAUGUACUUACUGGUAA